UAUAUCCACUUUUCACUCACUUUUUUGUCUUCACUUCUCCAUUUAUAUUUGCUUAUUCCCUACAUUACAAAAGCCUACUUGUUUGUUCAAUGCAUAAAACCGAUUUCAGAUUCUCACAUAUGGCAUAGGAGUGAGAUUUCAAAGCCAGUCUCCAUUAUCUACAUAUUCAUUCUGAUCACCACACUCAAAAUUGCAGUUUCUCAGCCUCCUGAGCCAGACUGCAGCCUUGACUUAAAAAAAUUUCUGGCCUUAAAUUAUUCAGAUCCUGAAGGAGAAGAUUGGGGUGGAUUUUUAAACAGAAAUAGUUGUGGGUUAACAUUUGAUGCUUACCUUUAUGCACUGGGAAUGCAGGCAAAUCAAACAGGACAAAUAUAUAUAAAUUCCAGUGAACAAAUAAUUUGUCUGGAUUCAAUGAAUAGUGUUCAAGAUGAUAUUUUUGGUUGUGGUAUUGAGAAGCUAACUCGAGGAGCUGGUGGCUGCUCUGACUUCUCUGUUGAAGAUGUCACUAGUAAGAUGGGAGAUGAUUUGAGGAGAUUGAAUGAGAAUUGUGAACUUGUGAACUCUGAUGGAGAAUUUGAGCAGUCAUGCAGUUCUUGUGGGAGGACUUGGGAAAACAUAAGUGGAAGUGAUUCAACAUCUACCUAUGCUGACUCCAAGAAUGAAGUAGAUAUCUGUAGGUUUGCAGUGCUAGUGUCCUUAACAGCUAGUGGACUUGAAGAUGAGAAUCAUGUCCUUGCACUUUAUAGAUGCCUUGGGGCACAAAAGAUUACUGGUAAGUAGGUUGGUGCAACAUUGAAUGAAAAUAAUAAAUAUUUUCACACAAUUUUUGUAGUACCAUAUACAUUACAAAAUGAUCAGUUCUAACUAAUCUUGACAGAGACUCAAGCAUCAGAAGGUAAAAGCAAGAAAAAAAUUAGCUCAGGUAAUUCUCCACCCAUCAUUGUAUCAACACUUACAUUUUCAAAAAUUGCAAUUAUCAGAUGGUGUGUCCUUCCAUCCUGACAGCAACAAACUUAAAUGGAAUUAGGUGUAUGGAUCCUAGUCGGAUUUGGAAGCAUUGUCGGCAUUGUGGUGACAGUAGCUAUUGCUAGUAACAUCUUGACAAAAAGAAGUCCCAAAGCAACCCCAGUACCAAAAAAAGAUGGUAUGCCUUAAAACUUUCGUAAGGUGUGAGUUUUACAUGGAUAUAGCAUAUGAGACAUAUUUAUAUACUAAUUUAGUUUCUUCAUGUAACAGCAUUUAAAGAUAUGUUUCCACAAAAGCUUGCUUGUCCAAAAGUUCCUAUCAAGGAGGAAUAUUCAGCAACAGAUAAUCUGAGUGAACUAAAUUUCAUUGGGGAAGGAACUGCUGGUGAGCAUACAUAGUGGCAACAAGGCUCUUAUUACUCUCUCAAAAAAGCAUAUACACAAAUAUGAGUUAUACAUCAUUGUGACAUAUCCUAAAAAUUACAUUCAAGUGAUGUGAUCAUUACCACCAUCUUCCCAGGCCUAGACUAAAUUGGUUAUGCAUUGAGAUCUUGAUCCACCAUAUUAUCUUAUUUAGAGACAUUUUUCUGAACCUUCCACAUCUGCCAGAAUGACAUGGUGUCACAGAAAGAUAGAGGCAUAUCCUAGUUAUUUCUGUUUGAUAAGUUUUACUUUAGCUU